AUGGGCGACGGCUCUGACUACCCAAGUCCACGAAGUGAAGGUCCUGGAGGACCGACGUCUGUUCUUGUCGCUACUCACGACUCUUUCCCCCACGUGCCGAAGAUGGCCGAGCAAAUAUCCCCAAGCUUCGUGGAAAGCGCGCGUCCCCGACUGUCCGUCAGGCGAGCGCGCGAUCCCCCCAAAAACACAGCAGGCCAGAUCUAUUGUGAUCAUCCCGACUGUCAACCGACGCCUCCUAUAUUUCGUCGGCCUUGUGAAUGGAACAAACACAUGGAUAAACAUGAUCGACCGUACAAGUGCCUGGAGCCCGGCUGUGCCAAGAUCCAGGGAUUCACAUAUUCGGGUGGUUUAUUGAGACAUCAACGCGAAGUACAUAAGAAGAACAUCAAGAAACCCUUGAUGUGCCCGUAUGCCGAUUGCAACCGCAGCACUGGCACUGGGUUUACGCGACAGGAAAACCUAAAGGAACAUCUCAGGCGUCGGCAUAUGCAUACAGAAAAUGGCGCGUCGUCUGAACUCACCAUCAUUCCUCAUGCGGAGCUAGACGGCAUACGCGCAUCUUCUCUCGCGGCUUCCACGGGGUCGAAGAGAAAACGCGACUCUGUCGGCGAUGCUUCGGGAGUGAUCCAUGCUGAAGACGAGAAUGGUGUGGACCUACGAAACGAACUGAAAAGACUUCGGCACGAGGUUGAGGAGAAGGAUCGGCGGCUGGAAGAGCUAGAACGCAUUGUCGCAGGACUGCAGCAGGCCAUUCCACAAACUGCUACGAGCCAAGGUUGA